AUUAGAGAUCUGAAGUCAAGUAGUUGUAUGCAAGUCAGGCUGUGUUGAUUUUCGGCCCAGUGAUACGUGGAGAAGGGAAUUGAAUUUUAAAAACUCACGAAACGAAAUGGGUACUUGAGUGAGUGUGAAGUGGUCGCCGUUACUUUUGAACUUUUUUAUAAACCUUCUGCAGUGGUCCAGAAGACCUUAGCAACAGCGACAAGGGCCCCAGAAGAGCAGCCAUGCCCAGCAGCGUCGUCGUCAUGACCGGCGGGGAACUCCGCAGGGCGGGGAGCAGUGGAGCGAUAAGCGGCUGUCGAAGCGCUACCACCGUCUGCGACGUCCCCACGUCGACGACGCCUUCGCCAACGCUACCGCCCAUCCUACGGGCGGGGAGCGGGAGCAAUUUGUCCAGCAGGGGGGGCGGCGUGCUGGCAAGCAGCCCUAUAAUGAAGAUGCGGAGUCUGAAGAUCCCCUUCCUAGGGACGGGGGUCCCUAUAAGAGGAACCACCAACACCAGUAACAUCAUAUCCUCGACCUCUUACAAUUUCCUCCCGCCGAGGGAACCAGCGAGCGACCAUCAUCCCCAAAGGGCGCCGAGGGAGGGGGAGGAGGAGGAGGACAACACGCCCACGACGACGAAGACUCGCCUGCUCUUCUGGCCUCACACAGGACCGGGCGGUCGACGGGGCUCCCUGCAGGAGUACGAGAUCAUCCGAAACUCCAACGGGAAUAUCGCGAACUUCGAGGACCGGUCGUUCGACGCGUCGACCAGCAACUGCGACCUGUCGCGACAUUCCCCUGUGCCUACUGACAGAAGCAGUAAACUACAGACUCUGGAGUUCGACACCACCAGGCAAGAGGUCCCUGAGAUGAGCGAGAGACUCUUCAAAGUCAUCAUUAUCGGAGAUCCUACAGUGGGCAAGACAUCCUUCGUGCAGAGGUACGUGCAGGAUUCCUUCAGGAGGGAUUACAAAGGAACCGUCGGCGUGGACUUCGCUCUUAAGAUCCUGAAGUGGUCGGAUUCUGAGACUAUAAAGUUGCAACUCUGGGAUAUUGCAGGUCAAGAACGCUUCACGUGGAUGACCCGGGUGUACUACAAGGACGCGCAGGGCUGCAUCAUCAUGUUUGACCUCACCAACAGGAACUCCUUCCUCAAUACACUCAAAUGGAAGAAGGACGUCGACUCCAAGUGCACUCUGGAGGACGGAAGUCCUAUACCCUGCAUGCUGCUCGCCAACAAGUGUGACUUACCGCACAGACAGGUAGACCAGCUGGAAAUUGAGAAGCUCUACAAAGACCACAACUUCACCGGCUGGACGGAGACGUCCGCGAAAGAGGGUCUUAUGGUCACAGACUCCAUGAGAUUUCUGGUGGACGUCAUGAUGAAGCAGAAGAACCACCGAGACGAAGACUCAGACGAGACUUCGCUGAGACUGACUCCAGCCGAGCCUGAGCAACAGCGUUCCUGUUACUGCUGAUGAUAAUAUCAUCGUCUCGUCUCGUCAUCAUCAUCCUUUUGCUCAACAAGUUACCUCGUAACUCUUCCUAAAGGCCUUCCAAAGCAACGGAUACUUCGUAAAACGAGAGACUUUUUAUUAUAAUGUCGGUUGGUUAUGAUGGACAGUCACAUCGCGUCGAGUGCAUCUGUUUGUGUGUGUGUUUGUGUUUUCCAGAUACGGCAGACGAAGAUACUUUGUAUGUGUGUUUCUGUAUGUUUGGGUAGCGUGAAGUAAGCAUACCGUUGACGACGUUCCAAUGUUACACCGGUUCUGUUUUAUGGUACUAAAUGCAUUUCAUCCAGUCGUUCUUGAUUAUAUAUAUAUAUAUAUAUAUAUAUAUAUAUAUAUAUAUAAUAUAUAUAUAUAUAUAUAUAUAUAUAUAUAUAUAUAUAUUUCCAGUUGCCCUUCAUAAUCUUUACAUAAGACGGUUGGAAAAUGUCAACGUCAAAUGCCACGGAAAUCACCUCACAGCUGUGCAAGAUAAGAUAUAUAUAAAUAUAUAUAGAUUAUACCGUGGUUCAAACGCACAUCACACUCUCCUGCUCUAUGCCUUAAGGAGCCUGACAAUGAGAUUGUGCGGGCUCGUUACAAAAAGGUAAAAACUGGCUGGUUUUCAGAAGGUGAGUAAUGAAGGAGAAGGUAAAGACAUCCUGAAGUAUAAGCUUUCAUGUGCUGUUUAUAUAAACGCUUCGCGCUGCCUUUGCUUUUGAAGAAAUAUCCCACACCGUUAUAGAUAUCACGACUUAUCAACUCUUGGUAUACACAGCCGUUUCAGCCAUACUCUCACUAGGAAAUAAGCUAUACAAGUAACUGUGUGAAUCUAAGUCAUUAUUUAAGGUCUUGUAUGUUUAGAUAGACUUAACUUUGAAGAGGAAGCUUUCUUUAUUAUUAUUAUUAUUAAUAAUUAAUACAUUUACCCUUGGUUUCGAAGUUGAUUUUGUCGUUGUAAUCGCAUAACCACUGGGAGAUCUGGGAUUCCCCAAGGGGAGGAUGAGCCUAGGGAUUGAGACGAAAUGAAAGAUGGUUCUUUUUGGUGUCAUAGAUACGAAACGUUUCACUUUAACCCUUGGUAUGUGGAACUCUUUGAUAGUUUGGCUUCUGAGAGUAUAGUAAGUGGAACGUUCAAAGUACUAUAAACCCUUAUUCAUGAUGAAACAAGCCUACAGGGGUUCAUUGACUUGAAAUUCACGCUUCAAAAACUCAUUUCGUAAAACCUUUCAGUUGAAUACAUUUUCGUAGCUUCGAUUACUUGGCAAUGUUGAAAGACAUAAAAAGAGUUCCACCGUCUUAAACCUUCAGAGAAAGACUCGGUUAGCUAAGGAGGCUCAAGUCUUUUCUCUGAACCAGUGAGACUAUUCACAGGCUCCAAUCUCACUUGGUAGCCCUACAGACAGACAUCAAGGGUUUUCAUUACAAUACUCCUGUGCUGAUGUGAAUCUUCCUCGCGGUCAUUAGGCUAAAGGUCCUUGCUUAUCGCGGAUAUACCAGUUGGAUCUGGCCAUUGUGUACAUAUAUCUAAGAGCCUACAGCAGGUCACAAGAUAUGCAAAGUGCUAGUACUAUAUGACAUUGCUGAAGAGAAUUUUACUAUGGUUUCUAGGAUCAAGGUCCUUGAUUAUCACAAUUUCCAGUUGAAUCUGACCCCAACAGGAGGUCACGCAUUCAGAAAUGACCAUUGUGUAUAUAUUAACCAUAAGCAACAGGCUGUUCAUUGCCCUAGAGGAGGUCACAAGAUUUUUUUUAAAAUUGCUAUUUACUUUGUUUCGCUAGUAUCAGGGUGUCUCGCUCUUUCCUACAUUACUGUUACCUUGCUAAUUUGAUUGUUUUCUUCUGGGUCUUAUAGGUUUUAAACCUUUUUUCAUAGAUAUCAAGAAUGAGAGAGAGAGAGAGAGAGAGAGAGAGAGAGAGAGAGAGAGAGAGAGAGAGAGAGAGAGAGAGAGAGAGAAGUCCUUUUCCAUCUAAGAAUUUAGACUAAGAAUGACUAGACCUGUACAUUGUAAGCCUGGAAUCGUGUUAAUUUUUUUUCUCAGUAGAUUGGAUAAAUAGUUAAAAUAGUACAUAAAAGUAAUUUUUUUUGUCUAGUUGCAGGCCCUCUUCAUUCACUGAAAUGGAAAAUGUUACAGAGCAUUCUACAAACUAAGACAUGUAUUUUUUUUCUAGUUUCUUAUGAUUUCAGAAAACUACACAUCAAACCAAACCGACUAUAGAUUUCUUACAGCUUGCAACCAUUAUUUUAUCAAAGAAAAGAAGUCUUCUGUGUAAGAUUUUCCAUUUUCGUCAAAGUCAAGGGCACGAACCACAUGUACCACCAACCAUUUAUAAAUACAUUCCUGUACUACAGCCCUCCCUGCUACAGAAAUCCUUGGUGCCCUGGAGAUUUUUGUAUUUUUGCACCUCUCAGUGUUCUUUACAGACGAGUGUAAGUUAAGGAAAUUCUUCUGUGCUAAGAGACAGUUCAUUCUGUAGCAUUGCUGAAACCUGGUCUGCCUUGAUUCUCUGUAACACUAUAGACACAAGUAACAUUCGAACAGAAAUAAAAAGUUGUAUCACUU